AUGACGGCGUCCAUUGAAGUACCUGUAUCCCAGCUAUUCGUUGACCAACCAUGUCUUCCAGAAACGGUAGCAAGGCUCCAAGCUCUCAUGUGCCUUUGUAUUUGUGGGGAGGUUCCGAGGUGUACAAGAAGAGGUUUGUGGCCAACCUGCACCGCGUUACAAAUGAAGGUCAAUUCCAGAGGUGGCGGGCUGCUUAUGCUUCUGCGAUUCCCGAUGACGUGCAUAUCAAGUUGGCGAAGCUGUGCCUUGCGUGGAUGUGAAUGA